AUGGAUUGGCGGCCUUUCGUAAGAAUAACCCCUUUGCAGUUCAAAGGAGGUUUUGAUCCAAAUGGUGCUCAGUUGUGGAUUGAGGAGCUUAAAAAGAUUUUUGCUGUUAUGGAAUGCCUUGAGGCAAGUAAGCAAAUAGAAGCUGAAGGCAGGGAGAUUAAUUGGGAAUCAUUUAAACGUCGUUUUCUGGAGAAAUACUUUCCAGAAGAUUUAAGGAGGAAAAAGGUUGAAUUUCUGAACUUGAAGCAAGAAAGUAUAACUAUAGGAGAGUAUGCUGGAAAGUUUAAUGAGCUAUCGAAGUUUUGCCCUUACUUUAACAAUACUAGAGAUGGUUGUUCUAGAUGCACUAAGUUUGAGAGCGGGUUACGUCCAAACAUUAAGCUUGCAAUUGGCUAUCAAGAAAUUAUUCAUUUUCCUACUCUGGUGAAUAGAUGUUGGAUUUAUGAGAAUGAUGCGAAGGCAAAACAGGCGCAGUGGAAGAGUUCCGGUCCACAGUGGAACCAUCCUAAUAGAAGAGGAGAUGCUCAAGGGAGAGGGAAACCCUAUCAAGUAUCACAGAGAUGUGGAAAGCCAAGUCAUUUCAUUUGUGAUUGCCCUGAGAUGAAACGAGAGAACAACAACCAGAACAAUCAAGCUGGUGGUAGCAAAAAUAAGAACAACCAUCAAGUUAGAAGACCGAGGACUCAAGGGAGAGUUUUUGCGAUGAAUGGGGAGGAGGCAUCUCAGUCUGACACCAUGAUACAGGGUAAAUGUUUCAUAAAUAGGAACACCUUCAAUGUAUUGUAUGAUUCAGGAGCUUCUCACUUUUUUAUUUCCGAAGUUUGUGUUAGACAGUUGAAUUUACAUGUUACUAUUUUGCCAUAUGAUUUGAUUGUUUCUACUCUUGGUAGUAAUUCUAUUAUUACUGCUAGGGUUUGUUUGAAUUGUCCCAUAAUAGUAGAAAAUAAAGACCUCUUUAUAAACUUGUUUUGUUUACCCCUUACUGACUUAAAAGUCAUUCUAGAACUAGAUUGGUUGUCUGUCAAUCGUGUUCUAUUAGACUGCCAUAACAAAACCAUAGCCUUUGCUAAUCCUGUUAAAUCAUCUCCUGAGAAUUUAAGAUUUCUAUCUGCCAACCAAGUCAAUGCUUCUUUGAAAGGAGGAGCUCAUAUGUGUAUGAUGUUACUUUCAUUGAAAAGGGAGAAGGAAUUUAUGAUAGAGAACUUGUCGAUUGUUUGUGAUUUUCUCGAAGUUUUUCCAGAGAUAUUCUUAGGUUACCUCCAAAAAGGGAAGUAA